CAUUAUUUCCAAAUCCAGAUUUUCAAAUGAUUUAAAAUGCAGAGCAUCUAUUUUACAUUAUUUUCAGUGAAGUUGAAGUCUGCAGAAGAAAUAUUUCAAAGUCAUUUUACUGCUGACGAAAAAGAAAAAGGUUUAAAUUUGUUGCUGUCCUUCCAAACAAGAUGUUUGAAAACUUUUUCUUCCACACCAUCAUCAAGUCCUACGGGAGCAUUAUCUAAGCUACACACAUCUAUAUCAUUGGUAAAUCCAACACAUAAUUUAGACCAAAUAAGAGCAGUUCAAGAGGAUAUAGCAUAUGAAGCUACUAUUGUCAGCAAUGAAAUGUGUACAUUGAAUACAUCAACAAUAAACAGCCAAUCAACAAAUAAAUUUAUUGCCGAGUCAAUAAACAAGGAAAUUUAUGAAAAAAUCGUCAGAGAUGAAGAAUCCACCAAUACUCUUAAUGAUAGUUUUGAAACAAUAAACACAGAAGCCUUUAGAACACUGGUUAAUCAGAAUUACAAUAGAACACUGGUUAACCUGGACUACAGUAGAAGCCAUGAUAAUUUUACUAGUGAGAAACCAUAUACAUGUAUUGACCAGAUUGACCACAGUGAUGACUGCAGUAAUGUGGGAAAUGAAGUUGUGAUUGAAGAAGAAUCUCUGCACUCUCAGUCUAAUGUUAAAAGUGUAAAAAAGAAAAGAAAAACAAAGAAAAAAGUUGAAAAGGACCCAUCAGUCCCAAAGAGAACUCGUCGUCGAAACAUUAUCCAUGUCUGUAAAAAAUGUGACUUGACCUUUGAAAGUGGAAAAGCAUAUAGGGAACACAUGAAAUCAAGUCAUAGCAUUAUUAACUUCAAAUGUGAUAAAUGUGGAAUGGGUUUUUAUUUUACCCGUCAAUAUAAUAACCACAUGGAAUCUCAUCAGGAAUAUAACUGCACUACUUGUGAAAAGUUGUUUCACUCAUUCACUGAAUAUUCCGAUCACUGCCAAGUUCAGCAUGCCAUAAAUGUUUCCAAAGUUGAUUUGAUGAAAAUACAUAACACUUGUAAAUUAUGUGAUAAAUCUUUUGACACACCCAGUAGGCUAUAUACCCACCACAAAAAACAUCAUACAGAAGGACCGAUAAUGUGUAAACCAUGCCAACAGAUCUUCUCAACAAGACUCAGUUUAAGAAAUCAUGAAAAAAGUUAUGCACACCAUAAAAAAAGUGGACAGAAGUUUACAUUAGAAAGGAAUUUGUUAUGUUCAGAUUGUGGAAAAUCAUUUUAUAGUAAGAGUAAUUUAGCUACACACAUGAAAUAUCACAAAUCAGAAAAGAAAUAUGCAUGUGAGCACUGCAAUUUCAAGUGUUAUUUCAGUGCUAGAUUAAAGACGCAUAUAAAACAACACUUUGAUUCAGAACGAAGAUUUGUCUGUGAAACUUGCGGAGCAGCUUUCCAUACCAAUCAAAUUCUCCAAUCACAUAUUGGAUAUAAACAUAGCGAUGCAAGGAAUUUUUGCUGCCAUAUAUGUUCAUCAACUUUUAAGGGCAGAAAUGCACUUACUCGUCAUAUCAAGGAACAUUCAAUUGAAAAUCACAAGAAAUGUUUUUGUGGCAGAACUUUUUCACGUAUUGGAGCACUUCGCCAGCAUAUGGAAAAAGUUCACAGUGAGAAUGCAACUGAAGCAGUUCGUCGUAGGUCAAUGAUGAGGGUUAAGAAUUCAGAGAAUAAAACAGAUCUUUUAACUAAAAAAUCAAGAAAGAAAAAGAAGAAGCUAACUAAAUCCACUAACAGUAAAAUGUCCAAAAGUGUGGGAAAUACUGAUAUAUCAGCUGCCGUUAAAAAAAUUACAGAUUCCAAAUUUAAACCUAUAAAGUCAUCUGCUGAGAAACCUGUUCAACACGUCCAAGGUAUUUGUAUUGCAAACUUCAAAUAUGCACCACUCGAUAUUAUAAAUCAGGCAUCCAACACAUUAAUGGAUGAGAACAUAAUCAAGAAUUCUGGUGAGAUAACAAAGGCUGAGACAUUUGAUCAGUCAGAACAUGCUAAGAACAAUCAGCUGAUUCCUGUUCAACCAGAAAAAAAUGACAAACUACCUCUGUCCAGUACUGAUUUGAGUAUGCAUAAACAAAACAGCUUUUUAAAAUCAAAUGUCAGUGACACUGUCAAAACAGAACCAUUAUCUUUUCUUAAAGAGAAAACAGUUGAAAACCCAAAGCAAAAUACUUUUGUUGAGUCAGCACAUAGCUAUAGAUUGUUUUGUAUUGAGUCUGAUCAUAACUACAGCAACAUGUCUAAUGGUCAGUCAGAACAAAUUGAAAAACUACCAGUGUCCAAGGAGUUUUGUAUUAUACCGAAACAGAAAUAUCUAUUACAAACAAAUGUCAAUUGCAAUGAUCAAAAUGAAGCAGGACGUGAUCUUCAAAACAAAAAAAUAGAACAACCCAAACUCAUUCUUCCAAAAGGACCAACUAAUUAUUCUCAGUUCGGACCGCCAACAUAUCAGCCCAAUACUAUUUCCAGCAACAUAUUGCAAGGACAGAGCACCACAAGUUAUAGAUUCAAUUGUCCAUUGGUUUUACCACAAAAUACCAGUGCUAAAACACCUCUUCUUAUUUUAUGGAGACCUCCACCACCAAAUUGAUAUUAUUUUUAUAGUAUUCUGUUGAACUAAGUUUGAAAUUCUUGUUAUUGUAUUCUUGUUUUAAAAGUUUCAAUAUGAAACAUAUAUAACAAUAUUGUAGUACAUGUAGUAAUAAACCAUUUCAGCCACUGA